UCCUGCUCAUAUUUCAAAUGCUGCAUUAGAUAUUAUUGGCUUAGUUGGAUUUCAAUAUGAAUUCAAUUCACUUAGUUCUGAGAAUGAAUUAGCAACUGCUUAUGAAGAGCUUUUUAAUCCUAAAUUAACAUUCAAGAAUUUCUUGUUAAUGGCUAUAUCAGAUAAAUUCAAAUGGAUUAGAUCUUUGCCAUUUGAAGCAAAUUUAAGAUUAAUCAAUGCUGUUAAAGUCACUGAAAAAAUUUCCUUGCAUCUAAUUAAGGAAAAACAAAAACAGGCACAAUUAAAAAAAUUGGAAGGAAAAGAUUUGUUGUCUUUAUUAAUCAAUAGUAAUCAAGAUUUGCCACCAGAAGAAAAAAUUUCUGAAUUAGAAUUAAAACAUCAA